AUGCCUGACGUCGAGAUGAAGGCGGACGACGCGUCCAAGACCGAGACGGCUGAGGAGAAGAAGGAGGUCACGCCUGCGUUGACGCCCGUCGCGGAGAUCAAGGCGAACGCGUCCCUCAUCGAGCGCGCCGUGGCCACCCUCGAGCCCAGAUUCACCCAUCGCGUGCUGAGGACUUUGACGGCGCUGAGGAAGAGGCUGGAUGACAAGGCAUUGAAGGAUGCGGUCACAGAAGUUUACCCCAAAGAAUCUGCUACGAAGAGCGCACUGCUUGCAUUGAUACCAACGUCCUCAGAAGGCUCGAUGGAUAUUGAUGCGCCAUCAAUUGCACCAGCAUCGAAGCCGCCGACAAGUGAUCCCGUGCCGGAAGUGGAAGUCUACCUGCGCCUACUGGUAAUACACCACCUGCUCAAGAGCGAAUCCGGCUAUGCAAAGGCCAAGGAGCUCGCGAACGAGACCAUUUCCGUCAUCCAGCGCCUAAACCGCCGUACGAUGGAUCCCAUCUCGGCGAAGGUCUGGUACGCCGUUGAGCGCACAUAUGAGCUCGCAGGCGAGUUGGACGCCGCACGACCACUCUUCCUAGCUGCUCAACGAACAGCGUCCCUUCGUCACGACGACGAGACUCAAGCUUCCUUGAUCAACCGCCUCUUGCGCUCCUACACCCUCUCAAACUUGUACGACCAAGCCGACAAGCUCGUUUCCAAAACGACAUUCCCGCCAUCAGCCUCUAACGCUCAAUACGCCCGCUUCCACUACUACCUCGGCCGUAUCAAAGCCGUAAAGCUCGACUACACCGUCGCGCACACGAACUUGCAACAAGCCAUCCGCCGCGCGCCUCAAGCGAGAGUCGCGCCUGGAUUCUGGCAGGCCGUGCAUAAGCUCUUCAUUGUCGUCGAGCUGCUUAUGGGCGACAUCCCGGACCGCGGGUUGUUCAGGCAUCCGGUCCUCGAGAAGGCGCUAGGGCCGUACUUCGACAUCGUCAAAGCUGUCAGGACGGGAUCGCUCGCCGAGUUCCAGUCGACGCUCGCAGCGCACGCUUCAUCUUUCGAAGCCGACAAGACAUACACCUUGAUCGCCCGUCUCCGGCAGAACGUCAUCAAGACGGGUAUCCGCCGCUUAUCGCUCUCAUAUGCCCGCAUCUCGCUACGCGAUAUCUGCGUCAAGCUGCAUCUGGACUCGGAGGAAGACGCGGAGUAUAUUGUUGGCAAGGCAAUCAGGGAUGGCGUUAUUGAGGGGAGGAUCCUGCAUGAGAAGGGAUGGAUGGAGUGUCAGGGUUUGAAGAGCUCGUAUGGGCCUGAGGUCAGCGAGAUGUUCAGCAAGCGAAUCGGCUACUGUUUGGAGUUGCACAACGAGAGCGUGAAGGCGAUGAGGUACCCGAUGAACGCGCACAGGAAGGAGCUAGCGGACGCUGAGGACGCGAGGGAGCGCGAGAAGGAGCUCGUCAAGGAGAUCGCGGAGGGCGAACUUGAUGAGGAUGAUGGGCUCGGUGGACCCGGCCCGGAGUUCUGA